AUACUCUAAAAUUGGGAUAAUUAAAUAUUAGUGGUGUAGGGAGUUUGUUUCUCCUUUCUUUUCCUCUCUUAACAAAAUUGAGUCCUCCGGCUCCGAUCGUAAAAGGAAGAAUCAAGAACCACCGUCUUCGGCGGCGGCGGCGGAUCAUCACCGCAAGAACAGAGAUAACAAAGACAGACAAAAAAUCUCUUCUUUGAACAAGAAAAAGCCGAAAAUGGCUUCCUCUGGAAACCAAGUCAAAGCUUCUCACAUACUCAUCAAACACCAGGGUUCCAGGAGAAAGGCCUCCUGGAAAGAUCCAGAAGGACGCAUAAUCAAAAACACAACACGUGAAACCGCUGUUUCUCAACUCAAAGCCCUCCGUGAAGAUAUCGUUUCUGGCAAGUCUAAGUUUGAAGAUAUCGCUUCUCGUAUCUCUGAUUGCAGCUCCGCCAAGCGCGGUGGUGAUCUUGGUCCAUUUGGGCGUGGUCAGAUGCAGAAGCCUUUCGAAGAGGCAACAUAUGCUCUUAAGGUCGGGGAGAUAAGUGAUAUUGUGGACACCGACAGUGGAGUUCACAUCAUUAUGAGAACUGGUUGAAUUUUAGAGGGCAGCUGGAGAAAGUAUGAAGAUAUUUCUGAAAAUGAUUCUGAAAUAUUACCAAUGACAGUUCUUGCUGCUUCAUGUUUCUUAUUAAGUUGGUUUGAUUGAUGAUGACACCUUCUAAAAACAGAUCUAAUUAUUUUUCAACUGACAUUUUUGUUUGGGGAAAAAUAUUGCUGUGGUUGUUGUUUUGAAUAUUUCAGAGCUAAUAAUAGCUCGUAACGAUUUCACAUGAUCUUUUAUAGAUAUGUUGAUUUCCAUUUUUGGACUUUUCA